AUGGAGAGGCUGCGGUCGGAGCAGACGUCGAGACGAUCUCUGAACACCAGGCUUAUCAGCGAGGCAGGAGCUCUUCUCAGCGAUGAAACCGCUACCGUAGAUCAGCUCAACACUAUUUACGGACGUCUCAAGGUGAAUAACGAUGAGCUGAACAAGAUCCACGAGGAGCUAGAGAGCCACAUAAUGGAUGAAGAGUUUGAGCAAGAAUGCAACACCGUUGUGGAAUACGAGGACAACGCUACCAGCGUCAUGAGUGAGCUACUUAGCAAGCGAGACCGUGUUGUCACGUCAUCAACACCGGAGCUUCGGACUUCGACAGUCAGUACAGCGGGAGUCUCUGGAGCCAAGCUGCCCAAGCUUACCAUCGCCCCAUUUGCUGGUGAUUUAUGUCGAUGGAAUGACUUCUGGGAACAAUUCGACCAGAUGAUUCACCGUAACGGGAGCCUCACAGCGACGGACAAGUUUAACUGCCUGAGGUUCUUCCUAAGAGGCGACACAGCCUCAGCUAUUGUGGGACUGCCUACAACAGAAGCUUGCUACAAGGACGCCAUCGAUAUACUGAAGAAACGCUUCGGGGAUAGAACUAGACUCUAA